UGUUAACCGCUCCCGUAAUAUAUCUUAUUACUUGCGACCGUGGUAUACCGGGUGUUCGGUUUCGUCGUGCCCGAACGUCAGAACGAAUCGAUUCAAAUUUGGAUUUUUGUGUUUUUUUUUUGGGAAAUUUUAAGGAACUAAAUUAUUGAGUGGAUUUUAAUUUUAAUUGAUUUAAUAAAUUGGAAAAUGGAUUUCCUUUACACAAGCCUAAAUGUGGAUUAAUGGAGAAUACAUUUUUGAUGCCAUCGCUUAAUAUUCCUAAAAUUACCAAACUGCAAAAAUGAGGACUUUCCAUUUGAUCCUCUUUUUCCUCUGUUCAGUGGAACUUUAUGCCCAAAGGACUAGAACAGUCACUAAUCAAGCAGCCUCUACAGAAGAACCCAGACCAGUCCGAACCCGAGGCAGAUCCCGGUUUACUGCAACCGAAGAACUCGCACAAGUCUCGGAACAACCUGAACGAACGACUUCGAAUAGAAGAGCGUCUGCUAGAACUCGAAUCAACUCGAAUACUCCUAAAGUUGCUGCUGAUAGACGCGCCCGACCUAUUGAAAUUUCAACAAGAGGUUAUGCUGUGGAAGAAAUCAAUAAUGAUUCUCCUAUAGAUUCUUUCAUAAGGCAGAGUAGGCCUCGUGUAUUAUCUGAAAAUCAAUUUGAGGCUUCCACUGCUGGUCGACGACCUAAUACUUAUGAAGCAUCUACACCUGCUCCAGCAGAUUUAUUACCUGUAGACGAACUUGGAUUUGGCAGUACCGCUAGAGCUAUAUUACAAGCCAGAGGAGAGCCCUUGCCUGCCAAAACAACAACACCUGUAGUUGACGAAGAAUAUUUACUCACCAAUUUCGGGAAUACUAUAAGAACCUUAGCUGGAUCUCCACCAGCUGCACGAUCAUUUUCUAGAAAUGACAUACCGAUUCAAAGACCUACACCAUUACGAUCAGAAGUACCAAUUUUAGACCAAGAAGACAUACCCGUUAGACGUACUUCUCUAAGAGCUGAUCCAUUGCCAUCACUAAAAAACUCUGAAAUAAAUUUUGAACGAGAACUACCAGCGAGAACUAGAAACGGUGGAGGCAGAGGUAGAGUAGCCGAAGGAAGAGCAAAUCCUAGGGUUGAAAGUGGAAGAAGACCUCCAACUACUACUUCCACAACCACAGAAAGACAAGUUGUUGAAGAAUACGUCCGAUUCAAUCCCGAAACGGACGCACCAGAAGUUGUACAAGGAUUAGAACUAGAGACAGCUACAGAAACUCAGUCAUUCGUUGAAAUUCCUAUUGAAGAUGAAUUACCUGAUGAAGAAGACGUAAGAAAAUCAACUGUGGUAGAAAUAUUUACUCCAAGAUCAACUUACUCUCCUCCUACAACAGAAGCACCAGUAACAAGCCGUAGAAAUGGAGGUAGAAGUCGAUUUAUUGCAGAACCUAGUGUAACGACUGCAGCUCCUAGAAGUCGAGGUGUACGCACGCGAGCUACAAGAAGACCUGAAGAAUCUAAUACAUCCUCCAACACAAGAACUAGAAUAAGUAGAAGAAGAUUUGAUGAUGCGGACGUAGCAGAAAGUAGACAUAGAGGACCAUCUGUAUUUACUGCUGAGCAAUAUCAAGAUGUUACUUCUAGAUCACGUUCAGGAAGAAAAAUUGAUAGUAGAUUUGAGGCUGUGCCUACAAGAGCUGCUGAGACCCCUACCGUAAGAAGUAGAAAUUCUGGAAGAAGAGCAACUACAGUAGGAUCUACCACUACUGAAAGAUCCAGGGAACGCGCUCGAUCUAGAAGUGAACCAACUUCCCCACCAACGACCAGACCAAGUCGCAGAAGAGCUUCUUUGGUUGAAAAUAAUGUGUUCCCAGCAGCAGCAAGAAGAUUAAACCCCCAAGAAGAACUUGUACCAAAAAGAACGGCGUUUGUAGAAACAAGUAGAUCCAGUAACAGAAGAACUAAUCUUGAAGAUACAAAAGCUAGUCGAAAAGCGAAUAAUAUCGAAGAAGCUAUACUUAAUGUUGAAAGGGGUACCGGAUCUAGAUCCAGCAAUAGAAGAGGAAGCCACGUAGACACCCCUUCAAGAAAUAGAGUUGGGCCGAGCAGAUUUGAACCAGUAGAUGUUGGAAAUUCAAGAGCCCAAAACGAUCAACCUGCUUCGAAAACUAGAAGCUCUAGCAACAGAAAUGGGCCAACUAGACAACCAGAAGUCGUUGAAGAAACCACUAUUUAUUACGGAGAAAAAUCUAGAAAAACAGAUGCACCACCAGAAAUAACAACUGUAUUUUCAACAGAAAAACCCAUUCUAAAAAAUAACAUAAGAUCCAGAAGUAGAUUUCCAGAUACCCCACCACGGCUGGAUGAAUCUAAAUUAGAAGUUUUGCCCUUAUUUGAGCGUGAAACUAAAGCUACCAAUUCUGUAAGGUUUAGAGGAAGCAGAUCUAGAUCGGGACUAAACAAGAGACACGGUGUAGAUCAUAUGGAUGCAAGCGCUACUGAAAAUGAUGUUAAGUUUGUUGAAAAACCUACCACCAGUGCUUUUACUAGAGUAACUGUGAGUAGAACUGAAAGUUUUGAAGCUAGUACUAGUAGAUCUAGGUUAAGUACACGUGUUGCGAGUUCUUCUACAACGGAAGUUCCAAAUAAAAGAUCUUUAUCCACUAGAGCGCCUGUGACGACAACUACAACUGCACCCGAAACUACUACCAGAAAAAUUACUAGGGCACCACCAAUAAUAAAAGAAUCGGUAGUAGCGGAGUUUAACCAAGUAACUUCAAAAAGUACCAUUACUAGAAGGAAAAAGGUAUCCAAAGCUAAAGCAACUGAAAUUGGCUCUAGAGGAAACAAGAAAGCUGAGGUUAAAUUAUUAGAUGGACAGAAAAAGAAGACUUCUGAUGAAGAUAUUGGGGAAGAGGAUAAUUAUCCGGAACCGUUCAAGGCGUUGAUACAGGCUAAGAAACUAAAGGAUGAUUCGAAGCCAUCACCUAGAACUACAGUAGCACCUAUCGUGCAGAACAGCACGCCAAGAGUAAUCGUGACGUCGGCAAGUGUACCUAGAGGAUCGUCCACAGCCCGUUUAGUCACGACCACAGUAGCUCCUAGAAAAUUACAGGAGCUAAACGAAUUGAUAAGCGACAAUGAUAAUGAAUUAGAUCCGCGGCCAAGAAUCAGUUCCGUAACUUCAACAACCACCCUUAGGCCUACCAGAUCUCGUCAAUUGCCAAAAUUUUCUGAAAAGCCCAAACAAAAAUUUGAGAAAACCAAAUUUUCACCGUCCAAGCCAACAUCGACACCCAGAAAGUCAUAUUCAACCAAGUCAUACUCUACAAAAUCAUCAGCAGCUCAUCAUCCAAGAAGAAAAGCUUUGAGGUCUACAGCUGUGCCGCCUCCUACAACACCACUAAGUGUAAUUAAUAGGGAAGCGAAAUUUUCAGCUAAAUUUAUUAAAAAAGAAAAUAAUGGAAAAGCAUUUGGUGGUCAACUGCCUAAAGGAUUGUAUAGUAGCAAGAAAAACAACGAAAAUGAUUCUUCAGAGGAGGAGAUUGGAAGCAAAUUAGAUGUUUCUUUAAUUCAGAGCGCAAAUCCAGUUCAACCGAUAAAAAAAUUCAACGCAAGCCGGUAUAGUUCUAGAUAUCGUAGCGACAUCUCAACUAGAAGUUCUGUGAUCAAACCAACUACCAGUGCGCCAUUCUACAUACCUACUAUACCCACUCCUGCCUACGUACCAACAGUACCAACAGUAACGCCACCUGUUGCACCGGUAGAUGGAAUCGUGGCAGUGAGUGAUGCUGACUUAGGAGUGGAAGUAAUCAGUUUUGAUGAUCCGAGUAAUUCAAUAUCUUCAGCUGAUUUGGUUAAUGGAGAAUACUUAACUACGGAUAAAAAUUUAAAAUUGUCACCUACGGUAAAGGAUGGCACAACAGAGAAACCCGUAUCCAUAAUCGAGAGGAUAAUAAAUUCGAUUACUCUGAUAUCGACUACAGAGGCACCCAACACAACCUUGAACAAUCUUCCAUCACCAACCACCACGCAGGCUUCAGGAAACUCGGCAAUAUUGAAAUUGGCCGCAAAAAAACUCACAACUAAAGACAAGACUGACGUUCAGACUAACAUAAUCGAGACUAUAACCAGCGAAAAACCUACUACUAUUAUCGAGAAAAUUCGUAGUUCUUUAUCAGCGAUCCAAACUAAUGAAGUAGGUACCAGUGAUACUUCUUCUUCCACUCCGCUGUCCACUGUAACUAAAUAUUCGGCAAAAUAUAGAGGUGGUUCUGUAGAAUCUACUACUGCGCUUCCUGCACCAUUGCCUUUAAGCACUUCUGUAAAUCCUUUAAGUGUCUUUGAUAAAAUUAAUGAAAAUGAGGUUCUUGAAGAAAAUGCCAUUGGAAAAUUGUUAAAUAUCCUCAAUGGACUUGUUUCUACUGAAUCUCCAGAUGCACCAGGAAAACUUGUUAUUGUUACACCUAAAAUUCCCACCAGUGGAUUUGUGGCUACAACAUUUUCGCCACAAGAACCUAUUGAGGCAAUAACUUUAAGUAGUCUUUCUUCUACUGAAUCUCUCUCUUCAACUGAAUUUCCUUCUUCUUCUACUCUUGUAAAUACUCAAACUACCAUCUCAGAAACAACCACAAUUGUAAAUAAUGAUCAAACGUCAACUAUUUCUGAUGAUGCAACUAGUGCCACUGCUCUUCCAACGACUACUGAUUCUUCAACCACUGAAGCAACUACUACAAGCAUUCCUGAAUCAAGUACUACUUCUACUAUAAUAUAUACCGAAACACCUACAUCAACUAUUGAUGAUUUAUCCAUCUCUUCUACAUCGACUAUUCCAUCAGUAUCAUCAUUCAAAGUGAGUCCAGGCAGUGUUUCUGUGUUCUCAGCUAACGAUUUGAUUAACUAUAUAACUCCUGAUGAUAAUUUGUUUAACACUGUUACUAUUGCCAGUAGAGUAGGGUUUGAUUUUAAUAAUAAUAACAAUAAUGUGUUAACUUCUACAACUACUGAACCUAUGAGUAGCAUUACUACUUUAGAGUCAACAACUAAUAUGGAUAGUUCCACAACUACAGCUGCAUCUACUACAACUGAUAUAAGUAGUACUACUCAAGCAGAAAUGACUACAACUAUGCUAACAUCUACAAUUCCUCCCACUACUAUUUCCAGUAGAUCUGGUAAAAUUUUGUCUGCUGACCUAGGGGAACCGUUUGGCAACAGCAUAGAUGUAUCUACUCCUUCUACAACAACUUCCACCACUCCCGAUUACUUCAUCUUCGCAGUCCUUAACAAUAACACAAUUUUACGUAAACGACCCCCAACUGUACCGAAUAAGGAAGUACCUUUCGUAAUAGUUGGGCUCCUACCCAAUAAUACGGUGGUAAGGAAGUACCCUAAUGGAACUCUGAUUCCAAUGGAUCCCAUAAUUAAGGUCGAUUCGAACAGAAUGGCACGAUUACUGUCCACCGAGCAGCGUAAUACCGACUUGCCUAGAAUAAUCAUUUCUAGUACUACUGUUGGUAGCAUAUCGUCAUCGAGUACUAGUACUACUGGAAAAAGUACUGUUAGUAGCACAUCUUUGAUUACUAGUACCCCACCUUCUAGCACAACUACCUCUGGCACCACUUUAAUUACCAGCACUUUUCCUCCUAUUACUCCUACAUCUAGUACUACAGAGGCACCUAAAAGGGUGGAAAUUAUUGCAGUACCUGGCGAAACUAGAAUAAGUAAAUCUCAAACUACAACUACUCCAAGUCCUGAAUCUACUUCUGAUAGCACCACUAAUGUACCUUCAAGCACUCUUGAAAUUGGCACUGAUCAAAUAUUUAGCAGUACCGAAACCAUACCCACUAACUUAGGGGACAUUUUAAAUGGAAGAACUGUGGAUGCUCUAAAUAAUUUAAUAAAUCCAGACCCAUCUUCAACAAAACUUCCAAAUUAUAAAAACUUGCAACUAAAUCAGUACAACCAAGUAUUAAAUAUACAGGACUUGAUAAAUAGAGACAACGGAAAUGUUGUAUUUCGUUGGAAACCAGUUACGAAAACUGAGUAUAGAAAUAUUAAGAACUCUAUAACCAGUAACUUGCCCAGUACUGUAACCAUAGCACAAUCUACUCUUUCGGACGCACCAUUCACUUCUCCUAUGUUUAGUACAGAAAGGGCCACAUUUUUCCCAAGUAGCUCUGAUACGUUACUCUCGUCCACUCUUAUAUCUACCCUUAUGCCUGUAAGCUCCACGUCAAUACCUACCACUCAAAGUACAACAACCACAAUCGAACCAAAAACUACCACACUGGCAACUACCACAACCAGGAGGCCCGAAACUACCACUAUUAGGUUGACCACAACAGCAAGGCCCAAAACAACCACUGGGUUCCCCACAACAGCAAGGCCCAAAACAACUACUGGGUUCCCCACCUUUGCUCCAUCGACGAUUCUACCAACAAUUUUGACCACGUUGUUUCCCAAUUUGUUAAGAGGUGCCAUAACUACCCCUAUAAGCCCAAUUUCUAGUACUAGAAAGCCAUUGAUUGGUGCUGAAUUAGGCAAUAACAUUGCAGAUGGAUUCGAGGUUUUGUCUGUCGCUGGAAGUACAGCACGGCCAACAACGGUUUUACCACAAACAUCAACGUCCCAAAGAAUAUCAACUAGCACCACACCUAUCACAACCACAACUCAGUCCACAACCACCAUUACUACCACCACUACGACAACAACAACUCCCAAGCCCACCAUAACCACUACAAAGCGUAAAACUACAACAAAUAAACCAAAAACUAGUGAAUCGGGCACUCCAACUCCAUCUACGAAAGAGGAAACAGAUAAAUUGUUUGACGAACUGAAGAAAAGUGGUAAAUUGAAAAAUUUGAAUGAAGAGCAACGGAAAAAUUUAGAAGAGAUUGAGAGAAUUGAGAAGGAGCAAGCUGAGUUGCUAAAGCAAUUAAGUCUUUUGACGACAAUGUUUGGAGGUCCAAAUGGAAGACAACCUAACUUACCCAUUUCUGGUAAUCCAGUUGGCGGCAGCAGCAACAGUUUAGCCAACAGAAUAAUCAAUAUGGCAAUAGAACGCGACAAGUCUCGUCCAACCACUGACUCUCCACCAGAAACAUCAACAACCAAAAAAAUAACCAAGGCUACAACUAAGCGACCAAACUCUAUCCAAGACCAAUUACCAAUUACCCAAUUAGAUGAUACUACUAAAAGAGUAACACCAUCUUUGGAAGAUGUUCUUAAACAGUAUAAUUUGAAUGGGCUUUCAACUGAGCUACCACUUACUUCUACUUAUGGAAAGACUGACGAAGCCGUUUUGGCAGCUAUUUUGAAGGAACAUGGCAUUGGACCAACGACACCAAAAGUUUUGGGUGAUAAGGUUAAGGAAGCGGGUCUCUUUGAUGAAAGCACAACCACAACGAAAAAACCUAAACCAAAGCCAAAACCAAAAUCCGCGACAACUACAACCAUAAGACCUCCGUUGGGUGGAAGACUGAUGCAAGGAUUAAACUGGUUGCUGGAUAUUCUGGAUCCUCCUACAACAACCAAGAAACCUGCUCCUAGAAGGGCUAAGCCUAAAACGCCAAAGCCAGCAGCCGCAGAAGAAGAAUUGUUGACCAAUCAGCCAACUAGGAUAACGCCUAUGAUUACUGCAGCCCCUGUUACUAAGCCAAAUUUAUCUCAAGAGGAAAUCAAAGGUUUGAUAAAGCAGCUGGAAGAAGCUCGUAAAAAUCCUAACGCUAUAGACCAGCUGGAUUUAACCAAAAUCAGAAGUUUACAAAAUCUCAUUAACGUGAAUGAAGGAGUGGAAGUUACUCAUACUGGUCAACAUGGAGCUACCUCAAGAGCAACGCCUCGGCCACGAAAAACUAAGUCAACCACCGUAAAAGACCCGUUUCUCACUCAAGUAAAUCAGAAACCAGUAGCCUCAACCAUAUCAACUGUGAGCGUCAGCAAUAGCAUCGAUGAUGAUGUCGAGCUGAUCUCAACAACCACGAGAAAUCGAGUCAUGCCACCUGUGAGCCUAAACCCUAUUCCUGGAAUCGAUGAUAAUACUGGAGAUUCUGUGAUAAGGGGCAACUUGCUGACGGCUGCUGUUAACGUUACCAAAGCUAUUUCUAGCUUUUUAGGAUCAGCAAUACAGGGUGCAAGACAAGGAUUCCAAUCUCUCAUUGGAUCAGGAUCAGCCAUGGUAGGAAAUAUAGCUCAAACUUCUGCUGCUGCUGGUUAAGAAAGAGGCCAACAAAAUAUUUUGUGCAAUUUUGUGAAUUAAUUAGUAAAGCUAUGAUUUUGUUACUCGUAGCUAGAAGGGUGUAUUUAUUGUAAAGUAGGUAUGUAGGGAACAGGGAACGUAGACUUUUUGGAAAUACAAGCUUGCCAUUAUUAUAAAAAUGAAAUAAUCUACGGCUUCUCAGCCACGUUUAGCUUUAUAGUGGUUUCUAUUCGACUAGUGUUUUAUUGGGAUCAUUUUUUCUCUUAUAGGACAAAGAUUUAAACAAAAAUAUUUGGCUAUUUUUCAAGCUGAAAUUGCAAAGCGAUUCCUAUGUUUAGACUUCGCGAAUCUAUAUUAUUAAAUAUGUAGGUACAUUUUCACUUAGGUAAGAGAAUUUGCUUAUGUUAGUUUUUUAGAAAAAAAGCUGUGCUACCGUUUUUUAGGUAUUACCUACCGUUAAUAGUAUAUUAUAUGAUAUGUGUAAUAACCUAACCACCAUACGUAUUAUACAUAUACAGUAUUUUAUCUACAACCGUGCGGUAACAAAACAUCCAAAAGAAGUUAAAAAAAUUAUUUAAAAAAAAUUGACACACACAUUUGAUAGUGGACAAGUAGUAUUUAUGUGAUAGGUAGGAGGUAGGUAAUUUAUACUUACCGCACGCAUGUAGAUAAAUAAUAAUUAUUAUCGUAUUGCUAUUUGGUAACAUACUUGGACAUAUUUCAAAAAUAGAGCCUGAUCUAAUUGUCAUUGAUUUAUAAAAUUACAGGAAACCUAAUAAAAAUUCUACUUUAUAGUGUCUUACUAAAAGUUAUAUAAUUAACAUAUAAAUUAAAAUCAAUUAUUUAUUCGUAAUUACAUAAAGCGAUUCAACGUUAUUAAAGGUAAUCAAUCCUUUGUAACAUCGUCUACAACAUAAUUAUUCCAUAAAAUAAUAUGUAAAUUAAUAAAAACCUGAACAAUAUAAGAGGGUGAUAAUUGACUUCUAUGAAUUUGUUGUUGAAAUGCUAUAAAGCGUCCAUUAUUAUUUAUAUUCUAUAAGCCACAAUAGGUACAACUAGUACUUUGGAUUUAAUAGGCGCCUAGGAAACAUAUAAUUUUUUUUUAAUUUUAUUUUUGUGAUAAUGUUAUUCCUACCUUAUUCUUUCACAUUUUAGUGUCCCUGUUUUAUUUUAGUCUGUUAUUUAAAUUUUUUGUACAUAAAUUUAUUGGAUUUUGUAAAUUUUCUGUAAAAUGUAAAUAAAUAUUAAAUAUGACAUCG